GUUGGUGGCUCCAGGCCUUAGCGGAUUCCGCGGCCGCGGCCGACGGCGACAGUCGGCCAGUUUGCGAAAUAAUGCCAUACAAUUUCGGCAGUGACUAGAGAUGUCGCACAAAUAAAUAGUGCCAAAAUUAUCGCGACCGACAUCCAACGACAAUGUGCGAAUGGCGUUUGGUGGUUUUCAUUCACGUGCUCCUUGUUUGCUCGAUCCGGGCAAGGGAAAUAAAUCCAUCGGAUAACCCCCUCGAUAACCACGUAACGUCAGGAAAUAGAACACAAAGGUUCCUUUUCGAUUCAAUAUUCGGUCUUGAAGUUCCUCUUUUGGACGAGCAAAGUGUGGAAGAUGAUGAAGAAGAUACAACCCAGGUCAGGAACUGUUCGUGUGAAUGCGGCAGGGCAAAUCCACUUCCUAAGAAGAUCGAUUGCGAAGGUGGGCCAAACCAGGAAAACCGCAUAGUCGGCGGGUUUCCGGCUGGGCUCAACCGGUAUCCGUGGAUGGUGAGGCUGGUCUAUGAUGGUCAGUUUCAUUGUGGAGGGUCCCUUGUUACUAAGGAGUAUGUCGUCACCGCCGCACAUUGUGUCAGAAAAUUAAAACGAUCGAAAAUUAGAAUAAUACUGGGCGAUCAUGACCAGACAUUGACCACGGAGAGCGCGGCUAUAAUGCGUGCUGUCACGUCAAUUAUACGACAUCGCAGCUUCGACGCGGACUCAUACAACAACGAUAUAGCCCUGCUGAAGCUACGAAAACCAGUCACCUUUUCGAAGAUCAUCAAACCUGUAUGCUUGCCUCCCGCAAGUGUAGAUCCAGCAGGCAAAGAAGGUAUAGUGGUGGGUUGGGGUCGUACAUCAGAGGGUGGUCAGCUACCCGCCAUAGUUCAGGAAGUCCGGGUCCCAAUCUUGUCUUUGCAGCAAUGCCGUGGAUUGAAGUACAGAGCUUCACGCAUCACGAAUAACAUGCUUUGCGCGGGUCGAGCAUCAACAGACUCAUGCCAAGGCGACAGUGGCGGCCCCUUGUUGGUACAGCAAGGGGACAGAUACCAGAUCGUUGGUAUAGUAUCGUGGGGUGUUGGUUGUGGUCGGCCGGGAUAUCCCGGUGUCUACACACGUAUCACACGAUAUCUGCCCUGGCUUCGCGCUAAUUUAAGAGAUACCUGUCUAUGCGGUAAUUAAUAUAAGAUUAGAUUUCAAAAUUGUUUAACGAAUUUGUUUUUAUUAUUAGUUUGUUUUUGUUUUAUUUUUGUAUUCAGAAGGCAUACAGGUAGAAUGGCAUUAGACAAAAAUAGGAUUAAACUUUGUCAAAUGUGUAACUAAAAUAGGUUUUCUAGAUCAGUAAAAACUUUUAUACUUCAAGCUUAAUACAAUAUUCCAAAAAUAAUAAUAACAAUUUUUUUCAAGAAACUAAUUUCCUUUUGUUGUUUUGGCAAAACGUCAUGUUAAACUUUCUCAAGGUACAUAAUGUGGAGUGCGUAAAAUUUUCUCGCUGAAUUAAAGAAUUGUAUUUUAAAUAAAAGCAAAAUAGGUUUUUAUAUUUAUUAGGAGGAGAUUAACCAUUGUUCCAGAUUUUUAAUUAUUUUAUUUUGAAAAUAUC